GGCUGCUGUACUGUAUCUUGCAUACAUGUAAAUGCUAUACUUGCUGUUUAAUGUAGAAUCACGGCACACAUUAUGUACGACGAAGAAAAAUAUGAUUUUUAUCUUGCGUUAAAAUUGUUUACAAUUUGAUUGUCCGCUUAUGUAUUCAUCGGGCGACCAACGAUGCCAUUGAACGACACGCAUCAUAUUCAUAUGUGUAUUGUACACAAGUGCAGUCUGUCUUCGUGGAGAACAAAUAAAAACGAAAAUAAAAAUAUUUUAAUUUAUUAAGAACAAGUCCAAGUAGUACGACAACAAUUGCUGUGUGUAUUGUAUAAGCAAACAGUCUGGCUUUACAAUAAGUUUAUCAUUAACGUAAAAGCAUUCAAACGAUUCUGUAUUUAGUUUUCUUUUUUUUGGUGUUUCGUUGUUAAAAAAAUGGUUAUAAAUUUUGGAGCUGGACCGGCAAAAUUGCCGGAAGAAGUAUUACUGGAAGUGCAACGAGAUUUGAUUCAACAUGGCCAGUCUGGUAUUAGUGUUAUGGAAAUGUCCCAUCGGAGUAAAGAAUAUUCGGAUAUACAUUUGAAGGCUUUGCAAGCAGUUCGAGAUAUUCUAAAUGUACCAGACAACUACAAAGUAUUGUUUAUGCAAGGUGGUGGAACCGGAAUUUUUUCUGCUAUUUGCAUGAAUUUGAUGGGUAAAACUGGCAUAGCCGAUUAUUGUGUUACUGGAACAUGGUCCACUCUAGCCUACAAAGAAGCAACAAAAUACGGCAAAGUCAACAUGGUAUUUCCGAAACCUGCGAAAUUUACCACAGUUCCCGAUCAGAGUACAUGGACACUGGAUCCGAACGCAUCAUACGUUUACUAUUGCGACAAUGAAACAGUAAACGGCGUCGAAUUUCCUUUCAUUCCGGACACUAACGGUGUCCCAUUGGUGGCUGACAUGUCGUCGAAUAUGCUGAGUCGACCAUUCGACAUCACGAAAUUCGGUUUGGUGUUCGGCGGAGCACAAAAGAAUAUUGGCCCAGCUGGAAUAACUGUUGUUGUUGUCCGUGAUGAUUUGAUUGGAAACGCAAUGCCCACAACUCCAACGAUUUUGGACUUUAAAGUUACGGUCGCCAAUAAUUCGUUGUAUAAUACACCACCUACAUUUGCCAUAUACGUAAUGGGUCUAGUGUUCGAGUGGAUUAAGAAAAAGGGUGGUCUUGAAGCUAUGAAUGCGAACGCCCUGACAAAAUCCCAAUUAAUUUACAAAGCAAUUGAAAGUUCCAAUGGAUUUUACACUUGUCCAGUUGAUCUGAAAUACCGGAGCCGAAUGAAUGUACCGUUCCGUGCUGGAAGUACAACCGGCGAUGAAGCACUAGAAGCUGAAUUUCUGAAAGGCGCCGAAAAGCUGGCUAUGGUCCAGUUGAAAGGACACCGAUCUGUAGGUGGAAUCCGUGCGUCCCUGUACAACGCAGUUUCCGUUGAAAAUGCCCAGGUGUUGGCGAAAUACAUGAAUGAUUUCUACAACAGUCACAAAACCAAUUAGAAAAUUGUGCCGGACAGAUUUUUAAUUAAAAUUCUUUUUUAUUGUUGCAUGCA